GCAGUGUUUUGCUGCGUUUGCUGACUCCUCGAGGGAUCCUUGGAAAUGGACUGUAGUGUUCUUCCUCCAGAACUCACGGCCACGCCGCUGCCUCUUGUGGGCUUCUGUGGUCUGGACCCGGGCAAAAACACCGUGCAUAAGUCCAUCUGGGACGCCUUCAACAACAACAGGAAGAAUGACAGGCUCCAGCUGCAGUUCAAGCUCAUUCCGGCUAACUAUGAGUUUCCAGUGUCGAAGCCCAAGCGCCAAUCCUACGAGUGGUAUCAUCCGAAGGGGAUUCUCAAGAGGAACUGGAUCCUGAAGCACCUCCACAUUCUGCCAGCAGUGAUGGUGUCUUUUCACAGUAUCGAGCUGAGCGAUCCGUCGUGGUCAGAGAAGCAACUUCAGUGUACAUCGGCAAUUCAGGGCCUCAGAAGCUCCCUCCAAGGUCGCUUGACACGCUUAGCCAUUGUCCUGAUUCAAACUGGCUCCACACGAGGCGCUGGAGAUGAGCUCGUGACGACUGAGCGGAUCAGCAAUCUCGCCUCUACUUGUGACAUCAGUGCUAAGAUGAUCUUCGUCCUGAAUCACUCUGACCACCUCAUGGGACACAUUUUGCGUCUGGAGUCCGCCUUUCUGGACGUUGCCCAGUCCUACUAUACGCAGAUCAUCAAGCAAGUGAAGAUGCACCGCGAUCAGCUGUCGGCCAACCAUCAAGUGCUCAAGAUUCGCCACCAGUUUAAGUUGGGCUUCAUGUCAGAGAUGCUGCACGACUACACCACUGCGCUGAAGUACUACACGCAAGCUUAUGUGACGCUGGAGGACAUUCGCGUGGUGGACACGAACUGCACGGAGAUCAAAACGGUUGCGGGAUUUCUUAACUACAAGAGAAGCCGUCUUAUGUUCAAGAUGAAUGUUCCCAGAGACGCAAUAACGCAGUUUAACUCGCACAUUGAGCAGUACAAGGCGAAGCCCGGAAGUCGAGAAUUGCUGUUCGAGCACUACGGAUGGCUAUGUGUGCAGUACAGCUCAUUUGGGGAUCUGUUCUGCGAUGCCAUCAAGGGUGGAUUGCCAGCUCUGCAGACGCAACAUCCAGGAAUCUAUUACUUCCGUGCGGCAGAAUUUACAAACAAGCGAAAAGAGGCAUUUCUGAACUGCUGCAAGUGGACAACUGUGCAGCCGGUGGACAAGAGCAGUGGAAAUAUUCUCUACAGCGACUUCUUCGGCGUGCGAGGGAAUAAGACGGGAGAAAUGGUGAAUGAGCAGAACAUUUUGAACUAUUUGUACGCCAAUGAGAAGGAGUUCAACCAUUCCGCAGCCAUUAUUAGCUAUCUAGGCCAGGCAAUGGCUCAGUAUAAAGUCUACAAGUGUCUGAGAUUCCGCAAGAAACUGGCUGUGAACAUGGCUGAGGAGUAUCUGAAGAGUGGUGAUCACGCCAAAGCUCUCACGCUAUUUUCCCUGAUGCUGAGCGACUAUCGAGCGGACAAGUGGUACAAGAUCUUCACGGAAGUGCUGAUGAAGACAUUCCAGUCUGCGUACUUCUCAGCUUCCGUGCCGGAUUUCGUGUCGUGCAGCAUUGAAGCGAUGUCGCCUCGAAUUCUCUCCUCGAAGACAGACCGGAUAUUCAUUCUUGAGAAUCUGUGGCGAGUGUUCCAAGGAGUCGUGCCCAUUUCCAAUUAUCCAGCAGGUGUGGAUGUGAAACAAGCCUGGGAGCAUGCUUUAGAGAAGUUCACAGAGCCAGUGAUCAUUGAUUUGGACAAAAUCAGUGAUCUCUUCGUCUGUGACGUGUCCUUCCUGGAGAAUCAAGCGGUGUUUGACGAGGAGAUUACCAUUGAGCUGCGGAUAAAAUCUCUGACUGAGGUUCCAUUGAAGAUCAGGGGCAUUUCUGUGGUUCUGAAUAGCCCAAAGUUGAAUGUGAAGCUGAAGGCAAAGAAGGUUUAUCAGGCUGGAGAGGAAAAGCGCGAUGCUGAACUGAUGAUUUUGUCAGAAACUCCUUACAAAGCUGUUUUUACUGCUGAUUCGCGGCAAUUCACGGAGAAUGAUAAACUCUCCAUUGGCAGAGUGGAGUUCCAAAUUGGAACCGAUAAGAGAUUUGCGGUUCUCCUCAAGUCCACGACUCUGAAUCAGCAGCAGAUUUUCAAGACUAAAACAUCCCGUUCUGAUCUCUCGAAGGAUGUUAAUUCGAGCUGUUAUAUCGUUCCAACUUAUCAAAUGGCUGCACAGGUGAAUCUGAGUGACGAACCAAUGCUGAUGAAUGAAUUCUAUCGCAUUGUUAUCAAUCUCUGCAACAAUGUUGACUCUUGCAUAGAAGAUGUUGGUGUUUCUGUUACUGUUCCGACUCAUCUGAAGAACAAAGUUUUCCUCACCACGGACAUCAGUGAGCCCAAGAAGACUCUUUACUCAACAAUUCAGAUUGAUGUGGGCUCCAAAGCUCUUCAGUCCUCAACAUCGAUCGUUUACUACGUGAUUAGUCUAACGAGAGGCAACAUUGAAUUGAACCAGAAGACUUGGUAUCAAUUGACUUACUUGGGCGACGGCACAAGAGAGCCUGGAGACUUUUCUGGCGAGAAAUUCGUGCCCUUCGACACUGAAUCGCCCACGCAUCAGAAGAGUAUCGAGAAGAUCGGUGAAAGUUCUGCGAAUCACAAUAUCAAGAUCGAGUACGGUGAGAAGUGCGUGAAGAAGACCAAAGAGGACACAAUUAUGAUACCAUGUCAGGAUGAAAUUCAAUUGACAGCGACAUUUUACACGCUGAAUCGAAAGGUAUUGUUCAAGGCGUAUCAAGAUGAGGAUUUCAUUCUAAGGAUUCAGAUGGAAGUGAAGGCGACGUGUGAUAUUGAUAUACUGGAAACAACUCUGAUCACAGCGGACAAUAUUAAAAUCAGGGAUUCAGUUAAAUACCCCAAAAUUAGCGGUAAAUCCCUGAAAUGCGGUGCUCGUCUCGAGGAUUCCAAGAUAAUUUCGGUGCAAAACAAAAAAGAUGACUUGGCAAUACUAAUGCGGUACAUGAGCAUUAAUCAUCCCUCAGUGGCGAAGCCAGAGAAAGCGAGCGACAAGUUCAAGAGUGCAAUUCCAGCUGCAAAGGAGACGCCCGGGCAAAUCUCCGCCGCGACAGCCAUUAAAUCCAUCUAUGGCAAGAGCGCCGAGGCGAAGGUGCAGGACAAAGACGUGGCAAAUGAGGCAGGAAGCGAACCGCUGGGGGUGUACGUCGUGAGGUGGAGGCGCACCAAUUCGGAGAUGGUGAAUGAAUCGAAAUUCAGCAUCAGUGGAUUGGAAGUCAUUGAGCCAAAGUUGAAUAUUUACUGCUUCAUCCUGGAGAAAGUGCAUGUUCGUGUUCCCUUCGAAUUGAGAAUACAAUUGAAGAAUCCGGGGAGUAAAAUUCUCAGCUUACAGGCGACACUCGACAAUUCCGACAGUUUCAUGUUCUCCGGCCAUCGUCAGCUCAAUGUCUCAAUUUUUUCAUAUGCCACUCACGAUUUAAUUUUCAUCCUGUAUCCACUGAAAUCGGGCUGGCAAUCAAUUCCCCAAUUAUUUUUGAAGUACCUCACUGGCGGGAGUGACGGCGCCAAGGAGGAAAUUACUCAGUCAGAGCUCAAUCUCUAUGUGCAGCGCUGGAUGCCGAAGCGAGUGUUUGUCCAUCCACCCCAUCGAGUUCUCGGGUAGGGUGUGAAGUCCCGGAGCCAGAGCCUGUGCCGCAAAUCCCCCGUGAAUCCACGAGGAUGGGAUUGAGAGACAGUGACAUGGAGCCUUUUAUCGUAUUGUCCAAAUACAGAGAUUUCUCCCAAA